CAAAAACCAGGAAGUAAACGACUUUGCGUCUAUAACAUUUUGUAAAAAGUUCUAUAAAUAAUGCCUUCUUCGUGUUUUUGUGUUCCCUCAAUACCACGGAAGACGGAAACAAAAGACGGAUUGUUGCUAUGAGAUAAGACAAAUGACAUUUGAAAGUCGACCUUCAGUGUUAAUUGUUUGUUUUUACAGACUGCAUAUAUUCUGUGACAAGAUUAUAAAACAUAAUAAAUUGAUCUUGACAAACAAGAUAAAAUGUGGAUGGAGACUGACUGCGAGGUAUGAGCUACGGAAGGCAAACCACGCAUAGUGCAGGAACUUUGGCCGUUCCUGAUGAACACAGCGGAGCUCAAGAUUUACUGGGAAAAAGUACUGACUAUCACGGAUUCAUCAGAAAAAGAGGCAAAAGAGAGAGAUUCUUCGAAAACUUCAAAUUUGCCAAAUCAAUAAUUCCAGACUUGUUACUCUGGCGUCAGCGAUUCGCGAUUGUAGCCAAUGGAUGUAUCUAUAUCUACAGCAACGAGAACGCCUCGAAACCAUUGCAGUUGGUUCAUCUGGAGGGAUACAACCUGAUGUAUUUGAUGGAAAGUGAACAAAGCCGAUGGGCGUUUCGGCUAGAAUCGAUUCAUUCACAAGCCAAAGUGCACUAUUUUUCCUGCGUGAAUGAUGAAUCUAGAAAGAAAUGGAUGAAGAUGAUAAGAAAUGGAAUGUACGAAGCCAACGGACAAGAAGUGGAAAGCCCUCCAACAAACGACGACUACAUUUACCAAUACUUGCUGAAACCAGUAUUUGUACAACCAGAGGAUACUAGUAAUCUACCCACAGGUACUGAGGAGGAUGAUGACGCGUACAACGAUGGCGGUGGCGGUGGCGGUGGCGACAGCGACGACGACGACGGCAGCUCGGAUCAGAGUGACUAUUGUGUAAUUAAUGACGAAGACUUGCCUAAAGUUGCUCCAGUAAAGACAAAACCCAACAUACCGCGACCUGCUAUACCACCAGCAAUACAAGAAGAAUCUGAUGACACACAUGGGGUUAAGGGUCAGAACGGACAACUCAAGAAGGUCAAGACAUCUAAAGGAAAAGGAACACCCGAUUAUAUCAAUGCACCAGAUAAAAAGUCAAAGACCCUUCCUGCAGUACAGAAACCCGUCGGGCAGAAACCUGUAGCUGCGCAAAGGCAUUCCAAUCCAGUGGCGCCGAAAUCGAAAACUCAGCCUCAAAAGAACCGGAUCCCCUCUGAAACAGAAUACAUGUUCAACGACAGCGACAGAACCAAGGCAUUGCAAAUUCUGAAAUCCAAGCCUAAGGGCACGUACCUUGUCCGCCUGUCUCGUAACCAGGACGGGAAAGUACUCGCGGUACAAACCGAAGACGACGUCAAGGAAUACCGGAUAUUUGAAAAGAAUAAACAAGUGACCUUGAACAAUAAAGACUACUAUCACUCUGUGGAGGAUCUUCUCAGCAAUUACCUGGACAGAAAUCUUCCAAACAGAAACAUUUCUCUGACGCGCGCGUUCAGUCAAACUGACGUCAGAUUCUAAUAUCUUGCAAAAAAAAAAGAGAAAAAAAAAAGAGAAGAAUAACGCUUUUGUGCAAGAGGCAAACAUGAGUGUAUACAUUGUGUAAAAACACAUUUACAAGACGCUGACCAUCCGGGUUCCAGAUUGACUACAGAAAGACAGUAACCUUUUGAUGUGCAUCAUGGCUGUUCGUUUAUUGUAAAGACUUAAAGAAA